UACUCUGUUAAAGUUUAAUCCUGUAUCAGAGUGUCAGCCAGUGAGACAAACUGUGGGCAGAGUCUGGAUGCUGCAACAAAUCUCAUCGCUGUCCUGCCAAACUGCAGCUAUUCAUUAAGACACACACACACACACACACACACACACAUCAUCAUCAUCAUCAUCAUCACUACUCCCGCAUCCCGUCCGCUUCACAGAUGUACUGAGGAAUCAUCUUGCUCUCACUCCUCCUCGCUCGGUUCAACAUGGACUUGCUGAAUUUUCAGUUUUUCCUUGCAGUCACCGCCCUCACGGUGGAAGUUUCUCUUCAAGGGGCAAACCAGCGCAGACUGUACCGUGGCUUGAUGUCUCGCUACAACCCACUGGAGAGACCCGUCGCCAAUGACUCUCAGGCUCUCACGGUUAAAUUCGGUUUAAGCCUCAUGCAGAUCAUGGAUGUGGACGAGAAGAACCAGGUUUUAACGACCAACAUUUGGCUGCAAAUGUACUGGAAUGAUUAUUACCUCCAGUGGAAUGAAUCAGAGUAUCCAGGUGUGACCAGUGUGAGAUUUCCUGACCAUCUCAUUUGGAAGCCAGACAUUCUGCUGUAUAACAGCGCCGAUGAAAGGUUCGACGCUACUUUCCACACCAACAUUUUGGUCGACUCUUCAGGCUCUUGUUCCUACUUACCUCCAGGGAUCUUCAAGAGCACCUGCCACAUUGAUGUGCGCUGGUUCCCCUUUGAUGUGCAGAGAUGUGACCUGAAGUUUGGCUCGUGGACGUAUGGGGGCUGGUCUCUGGACUUAGAGAUGAUGGAGGCAGAUAUCACCGGCUACAUCGCCAACGGAGAGUGGGAUCUUGUCGAGGUUCCUGGACAGAAGAACCAGCGUUCCUACGAGUGCUGUGAGGAGACGUAUCCGGACGUCACCUUCACCGUGGUGAUGCGGAGACGGACCCUCUACUAUGGCCUCAACCUGCUCAUCCCGUGUGUCCUGAUCUCCACUCUGGCCCUGCUCGUCUUCCUCCUGCCUGCUGACUCUGGGGAGAAGAUCUCACUUGGCAUUACGGUCCUGCUCUCCCUGACGGUCUUUAUGCUGCUGGUUGCAGAGAUUAUGCCUCCCACAUCAGACUCUGUGCCUUUAAUAGCUGAGUACUUUGCCACGACCAUGGUCAUUGUUGGCCUGUCAGUAAUUACUACGGUUCUGGUCUUGCGAUAUCACCACCAUGAUCCUCAUGGAGGCAAGAUGCCCAAGUGGACCCGUGUGGUCCUACUGAACUGGUGUGCCUGGUUCCUGCGUAUGAAGCGCCCAGGUGAGGAGCGAGUGCGUUCGGCUUGUCACAACAAGGCUCCACGGACCAGCCUGACUAGCGUGGAGCUGAAUGCUAGCGCCCCAGCCUCCCAGUCCACCAACGGCAACGUGCUUUAUGUUGGCGUCCGUGGCAUGGAGAGCAUUCACUACUCCACAGCUGCCACCGCGCCCGGCUCCGGCGUCCUCUGUGGACGCCUGGCCGGACGAGCAGGUGAGGACGAGAUGCUGCUCCCCACGGGUCACAGCUCCUCAGUGGGAAGCGUGGAACCAGAGCUUGCCAAGAUCCUGGACGAGGUGCGCUAUAUUUCCAAACGCUUCCGGGACCAAGACCAGGAUGAGUCCGUGUGCAGUGAGUGGAAAUUUGCUGCGUCUGUUAUCGACAGGCUUUGUCUCAUGGCUUUCUCACUCUUCACCAUCCUCUGCACCAUUGGGAUUCUCAUGUCAGCACCCAACUUCUUAGAGGCCAUUUCCAAAGAUUUUUUCAACUGAGGACUUUAUCAGGAUAUAAAUGCUUCUACAAAAACGAUAACCUCUAACAAUCACUCUCAACUCACUCCCCGACUCAUGGGGAGGUAAUUUGCAUCCAGUCUGCUGGUGUGAGGCAGUUAAAUUGAAGGCGGUGAAAAUUAGCAGAUUCUUCCUUUUGAUAUUACACAGCCGAAUGGCAUACUAAAGGAAAACAAUUUCAUCCUCUUCUGCUGUUUUAAAAUGACUAAUACUGCAAAGGGUUGUAACUGUGGUUUGUUAUUUGAUGUUAUCCAUGUAUUAUUGUUCAUUACAUUUUAUCUAUUAAAUAAUCCAAACUAAACUCUUUUCCAUAUGCUUAAGAACAUAAGAGCAACAGUGUAUUUAAAUGAAGCUGUUGUGUCACAUGCAUACUCAUAUAUCCAAAACAGUUAUGUGGUGUUGUAAAACCUUGUAUGAACACAAAUUAUUGUAUUUGUUACUGUCAUAAGCAUAACCAAUCACCUCAAUUUAUCAAUCUUCUAUCUAUCUUCUAUCAGUGUUUCUUACUUAUUUUUAUUGUAGCAUUUGUGAUACGACAUCAGAAUAGUUGUGCCAGUUGAUUUAAAUGUAUGUUGUUUUUGUCCUUGUCCAGUCAACAGCUGUAACUUUGAUGUUUCACUAAUAAAUGAAUUUCUUCUA